AUGCACCGGGAGAGAGCUCUGUCUGCACCGAGUCGUGACUGUCUGAUCGAGCUGCCUUCAAGAAUCUCCGGAAACGAGCCUAGAGAUGGAGAUGGAGGCUGCAACAUCCGCGCCAUCAUCGUCUCUGGGCCAAUCGCAGCUCUCCGUAGCCGGUGUUCCCUGCCGUGCGCUGGAGAGAGGAGGCGGGCGAGGGGAAAUCUCUGUCACCGGGAGUGGGAGGGGGGAGUGGAGAGUGUAGUAGAGCUGCGGUAUAAAAGCCAGAGCCGGGCAGGGAAUCUGAAACAAGACAGCGGCAGUAUUUCAGCACCACAACCAGACGGACAGCGCCAAUCUCACAGCAAGCCACUAUGGUUCUCAUUUGGACACAGUUCGGAGUGA